UUUCCAGAGUUCAUAAUAAUCAUUCAUUAAGAAAUAAUCAGCAUGGCUUCGCAUGUCAUCUUCUAUCUUUCUGCCUUGCUCAUUUUGACUGCUGCUGCUACUACUAUGGGUUCUUCGUCUUCACUUUCUCCUUAUUACUAUGACAGAGUGUGUCCCGAAGCUUUACCAGCUAUUAAACGACUCAUUGAGGCUGCAGUGUACAGAGAGCCACGGAUGGGUGCUUCUUUACUACGUCUGCACUUCCAUGACUGUUUUGUUAACGGCUGUGAUGCGUCAGUUCUUCUGGAUCCUUCACCCACUAUUGACAGCGAAAAGAACGCUCUCGCUAAUAUAAACUCUGCUAGAGGAUUUGAAGUUAUCGACGAGAUUAAGCAAGAAGUGGAUAAAGUAUGCGGUCGCCCAGUGGUCUCCUGCGCAGAUAUUUUGGCUGUCGCAGCUAGAGAUUCUGUAGUUGCGCUAGGAGGGCCAACAUGGAAAGUCCUACUUGGUAGAAGAGAUUCAACUACGGCGAGCAGGGCAAAGGCAAACGCUGACAUCCCAUCCCCAUUCAUGGACCUUCCUGCACUUAUUAAGAACUUCAAAAACCAAGGUCUCGAUGAAAGAGACCUUGUUGCUCUCUCUGGUGGCCACACUAUAGGGUUUGCACAAUGUUUUGUUUUCAGGGACCGAAUCUACAACGAAACUAAUAUUGACCCUAAAUUUGCAAAAGCUCGAAGAUCAACCUGUCCGCGCACUGGUAGCGAUUCAAACCUUUCGCCUCUAGACCCAACACCAGCACACUUCGAUACCGCAUACUUCACCAAUUUGAAAAUGAAAAAAGGGCUUCUUCAUUCGGAUCAACAACUGUUUAAUGGUGGCACUACUGAUGCUAUAGUAAAGACUUACAGCUCAAACGCAAAAGCUUUUUCGGCGGAUUUUGCCAGGUCUAUGGUGAAGAUGGGGAAUAUAAAACCAAUAACGGGAAAGCAAGGCGAAAUCCGUUUCAACUGCAGGAAAGUGAAUUAUUAGGAUUCUCAGUCAAUAAAUGCAAGAUUAUAAUGUUUUAUUUAUUGAGUUUUGAAACAGGAACAUGUACAUGUCUACCUAAAACUACAUAUUAUGUUAAAUAAAACAUAUAUGAAAGAGAAAUGUUACCUUUAUCUAAUAUUAAUUAAAUUGUCUGUAAGUGU